ACGUGAAAGAAAAUUUUGUUUUUGUUGGACAGUCGUCUUCAAUUCGUUUCUUCUUCAGCGAAACAGGCGGAGGGAGUGGCCCCCGCUCUUCCUCCGUUUCACACACCAGCAACAGCAGCAAUCUUCUGCCUCUAUCUCUCUCUCUCCCUCCCUCUGCUACAAAAUUUGUCCAGGGAAUCCCGGAGAGGAGAGAGAUGCUUCUGUAGCUUCUUCCAACUGCGUGUAUGCCCCACCCCACCACUGAGAGACAAGCAGAGGCUACAGUUUCAGCCGGGAUACACGGGAAGCAAACUCAGAAAGAAAGAAAGAAAGAAAGAAAGAAGCAAACAAAAUAACAGAGAGGGAGAGAGAGAAGAGGAUCUAAUGGAUUACGAGCGGAUACACAAAGUUCAGACUGGGGUGAUAUCGCCGAGUAAACUGAGGAUGAAGCUAAUUAGACCUCACCAUAGCAGCAGCAGCGGCAGGAAGAAAGAAGGUUCGUCUAAUUGCAGCUCCUCUCGCACUUCUCCUUCCAGACUUGGUGACACUGAAUUCGUCAAGAGCAGUCUCUUAGAUUCCAACGACGACAACCAACCAGAUUUCGGCUAUGAAGGUGGGGCGCCCUCCUCAGGGUUUACAUCUACAACUGUUACAAGUGAGGCAGCAUUAGACCCUGACACGGGACGCCAUCAUCCACCCAACGAAAGCAACACCCACGAUUUGGAUCAUGCCAUGAUACAUCAGCUCUUGAGGUCCGAAAGCGUCAACUCAAAUGCAGUCCACAUGGCGAGAGCCACUGAAGAUGAGAAUCCAGGGUACGAUAGCUCGUCCAGCUUCGAGUUCCAUAACGAGAGAUCCGCUGCACAGAGCCAGCUGGUGAGAUCAAUGUCGAGGCCCAUCUCGUCCAAGUGGAAUGAUGCAGAGAAAUGGAUCAUCAGCAAGCAAAACGUGCAGCAGAAGCAGCAUCCUGGUGGUGGUUACCUUAAGAAGAACGGGUUCCACAACAACCAAGGUAGUAAUCGGGUGCCCGUUACUACACACAUGGGUCGGGUUGCUCCCGAGCUAGUAGCCACUGGUGGUGGUAGAAUGGUGGACACCAAGAGUGUAGAUUGUUGUCAGACUGCUUCCCAGCCUGGGUUGGAGAGAUUCUCUUUCCUUGAUGCACCUGGAACUCCCUCCAUUUCUGGUCAGGCAAAUACGUUGAUGGAUCAGUAUGGUCAGAGCAAGGAUUUGAAGGAGGUGGAUUCAACGGAACUAUCAUCCACGAACACUUCGACAGAAGACAGGACAGUGGUGCCUGUGAUAAGAUCAGUUUGUAUGAGAGACAUGGGAACUGAGAUGACACCCAUCGCGAGUCAAGAACCAUCGAGGACUGGUACCCCUGUUGGUGCAACAACUCCCAUCCGCAGCCCAACUUCAUCGAUCCCGUCUACACCAAGAAGAGGCAGCCCCCCAACCACACCAGUGGAGCACGAAGAUGGCAGCAGCAACAAGUGCACAGCUAACCAGAAUGGUACUAAGAGGGAACUAAGCGAGGAAGAACUGAAACUGAAGACGAGGAGGGAGAUCGUCGCGCUCGGUGUGAAGCUUGGCAAGAUGAACAUUGCUGCUUGGGCGAGUAAAGACGAGGAAGAGAAGAACAUGGCACGGUCUCGUGAUGUGGAGUCAGUUGAGCAGAUUGAGUUCGAGAAGCGUGCUGCUGCUUGGGCAGAAGCUGAGAAGUGUAAACACACAGCAAGAUAUAAACGAGAAGAGAUACAAAUCCAAGCGUGGGAAAGCCAUCAGAUAGCAAAGCUGGAAGCAGAGGUGCGCAGAGCUGAGGCUCAAGUGGAGCAAACGAAAGUGCAAGCAGAAGCGAGGAUGGUGAAGAAGGUGGCGAUGGCGAGGCAAAGAGCCGAGGAGAGACGAGUAGCAGCUGAAUCAAGAAAGGAUAGAGGUGCAGAGAGAACAGCGGUGAAAGCUGAAUACGUUCGCCAGACAGGGAAGAUGCCGUCUACUCAUUAUAUCUGCUGUGGCUGGUUGUGAUGGUGUAGUUUGGGUUGAGCUAGCUGGUGUGAGCCCCUAGCAGUUUUGUAUGUUUAGUAGCGCUCUCAAUUAUCAUCGUUUGCCUCAUUUUUAUUGAAAGUGUGAUAGUCACUAGAAGUUCCCUCGAGGGGAUUUGGGGAUUGAGAAGAUAAAAAAUUGGGAACUGGAAAGAAUUGGGGAACAAUGAGAGAGAAUUGAGAUUAGGGAUCGUAGAGUUUAUUGAUAAUAAUUCAUUAAUCUGUAGAACACUUAUCUGAACCUUUGAGUAGAAGUUAGAAAAUAAUACAAAAUUAGUUUUUUACUCGGCCUAUUGGUCGGAAAAUUUCAUUUGAUC